UGUAGCGGUGCUCGACAUACUCUUAACCCUCGUCUCAUCCUACUUAGCACAGUAUCGUGGACACGUCUGGCCACUCGUUUGGCUGUCUAGGGUGGACUCACACCAAUACAGAGCAUUGCAAACCGUUCACAGGGCCAUGCGCAUGGCUUGCUUCUAAAGACAUUGACAUCCUCUUUCCCUCUCCUCGGACGUUCACCGCACCUACCCUUCACUUCUCCCCUGCGCCUCCACAGUGAACCAUGGCUCCCGACUUGAAUACUGUCCCAAGAUCUCCUCGUACUGGCGCGAACACUCAAACGUCCCUUCCUGCUGUACCUCUUCCUUCCUCACAGGCCGCCUCUAGACGGACAUCAACCCAAAUGCUACCCCCUCCUUUGCCCCGAUACGACAGUCUUCCCAGCUCGCCUCGACCAGCGCAAGCCUCAAUAAUGGACAAUUCUGGCGUUGGAAUAGGACCAGGGCCAAUCAGGCACCCAAGGCCUCUCACGGCUGCUGAAUUGCAUCUGGAAUUAGAGAAGGAGCAGGAGAGCAUCGUCAACCGACUUACACGAGAACUGUCCGCACUGCGUGCGCAGACCGCGUCCGUGGCCUCAACGACCUCUUCUACAUCCGACCACUUCUUCUCCGCAAGCGACCCUUACACAUCUACCACUGGCACCGCUACAACCAUCAUACCCAACACCACCCGCCGUCAUCGAUCCUCGUCGAACCUUUCGACUCGCUCUGCGCGAUCAAUUCGAGAUAACCUAGCCAACGCUACUAACACGAGCGUUUCGGGAGUUGCAGCACCGCGGGACCAGAGCGUUGUCGCAAGUAGCAGACCUAGCAUGGAACUUACUCGGCCGGACAUGAGCAGACAGAACUCUACAUCUGCCAUGGGCUUCCGAUCGAGCUCGAUUACAUCGUCACCGCACAUGUCCCAGAGUGCCUACGCGUACCCGCAUCGAAGCUCCGUGUCAUCAAAUGCACCAAAUAUGUCGAGUGACUCUGCGCAAAGUUAUGGCUUCCCACGGAGUCCUGGGUCCAAUGCCGCUGCUUCGGCACUGAGGUACGAGGAGGCUGCGCAGCAGCGUGCCGAGUUGGAAGCGGUCAAGCGUGAAAACGAGAUUCUCAGAGCCAGGGUCAAGGAGUUGGAGAAAAGCGUUCAGAAGACCAACGAGUCGACUGCUGAGCCUGCUUUGACGCCCUCUACCUCAUGAGGUAGAUCUGGGUGCCGACCUGCAUC